CGUUACCAUGACACAGACGUCUUUGCUGCAGGAACCGCGGUGACAACGGCCAUCCCCGUUAUCUACUAUGGAUGCCGUUGUCGCAUGCGGCAGAUGCAGCCAAUCUGCAACAUCGCGCAUGCUGUCACGUGUGUGCCGAUCACCCAUACCCUGGCCUCAAACCCUGGUCUUCGACGUCUGAAUCCUGCGCAAUUUGUCCCUAACGGCCCCAGUUGCGUCUGGAAGACUUGGUGACCGCUGGCAUGAGGAAGAAUUGUGGAGGCGACGGGUUGUUUCCCGGGGACUAGACGUCUCGAUGCUGGCGCAAUUCUGCUCAUCGCUACCUUUUCUUCGAUUUUGCUCCGACCCACGACCUCGCCUCUUGCUGUGCAACUGUUUGCUCUUCGGAGCUAUCCACUCCUUUGGCCGCGCAUCACUUUCCUUCCUCUUAUUAUCGUCCCAUCGUCCUCAAUUUCCUAUCUGAUACCCACUAGCAACCCACUUGAAACGCGAUGCCGAGCUUGCUCACGAGAUCAAAGUCGCUCCGGCUUCUGAAGGGAGGUCGGAGGGGCGCCCAGCAGGAAGAGUCUCAGACUCAGAACUCUAUCCCACGGCCGAACGCUUCUCCAACAGACUUUGACAGGUUCAAAGCAGCUACACCAGUUCCUAGGGCUGACCGAGCGCUUGAAGCGCCCGAGAUGGUAGCCCGCCCGAGUACGUCAGGUGGGCCGGGGGAACGCGCAAUACAAUUCCACAAGAAGACGAUUCCUGCGCCAUCAAUCUACUCUGAGGACCGGUUCCUGGCUUUCUCUUCGCCUACUAACUCAACCGCCGUACUACACGCUGUGGAGAGCCCCGAGGACGUUAUUGGCAUCGCGCUGGGUAGCCCUACUGUUGGCUCGCACUGGACCUCAACGCCCCAGGCCACCACCGAGAACCUCGUUGCCGGCGCCCAGAUGUCACUACACAGCUAUGCCAAUGCAUCAACAACCACUGUUACCGGACCUCAGACACAACCUAAGCCCAAGGUCAGCCGGUGGAAGUCCUUGUUCAAGAAGACAGCGCCACCAUCAAAAGAGAAGCCUUCUUUCUAUCAACUGGCACAACAGGUCACCCCAGCUCGUGCAGACAGUCAUCAUGAUACAUCCCCAAAGUCGAAGUCGAAGCCGAAGUCGAAGACGGAGGGUGGAGUAACAUUGCCGGUUUCGGUCUACAACCUUGACAUGAGGGCCUCUCGCAACAAGUCACAUGACAAUGUGUCGUCAACGGAAGUUCAGCAUGGAAGGAAACGUUCAGCGACACUUGAUGCCGGCCGUGCCGCACCUCGAUACCGAUCUCAACGGUCUGCCACAACUCCAAACCCACCGCAAGCUGGCUCAGGUGCACCGGAUAUGAAGUUCUUGGAGGGUCUACCAACACAAUCGACACAGACUGCAGCUGGGGCAGGCCUCCUCGGUGUGGACAUUCCUGACACUAAGCUGGACCGAUACAGUGUUAUGUUUAGUGGAGUGCUGGAGCCAACACCCAACCGGUCUUUGUUAUAUCAGCGGCGACAAGAAAAAGCCGAUAAUGAUAAGGCCAAACCACUGGACAAGAUCUCGAUCAAGGAUGACAAGGAAAGUUUACCAGAACCCAAACUUCAACGACGAGCGACAUCGCCUACAGUCUCGAAUCCUCCGUCAGCGCGACUAUCAUUGUUUCCUGCGACUGGACGCGCUACACCAAUACUACGUGCAGGUACACCAACUUUGCGUGCAGGCACACCGGUAUUACGAGCACCAUCGCCUCUUGUCUCAAACUCUCCUCGAGCGAGAUCCAAGACCGCACCGGCAAGGUCACCGACACAACAGACCUUCAAGACAGCAGAAGAGAGCAAGAGCAAACCGCCGUCUACAAGCGCCACCCGCCAGUACAGCGAAUCACCCAGCCUCAAACCACAACAACCAGCACUCACACCCACCUCCAUCCACAGCUUCGAUACCUCGGAUAACGAAUCCAUCACCAUUGUAGUAGGCCGCACAGCGCCAGCCGCAACAAAAGCGUGGAAGGCACAUGUCGAAUCGCAAGAACCCGAGUGGAAAAUCCUUCCCAAGCCCAGGUCUGCAUCUGCGUCCGCGGACCGCUCUGCAUCCCUCGAACGCUCCCUCAGUCGCAAACAACCACGCGUAACCGCCGCCUCAGCACUGUCCUCGCACCCUUCCUCACCACCUCUCGAAGUCUCCUCGCCGCUGCAGAACCUGCAGAUGCUCCUCUCACCACCCCUUUCCGCUGAAUCCUUCGAACGACCCGCUGUUGAGAAGCCUGUCAUUCGACGGACGAACAGCCAGCGGAAGGCGAAGGUCGUAGGUGGCAGUGCGCAAACGGCGACGGUGGGCAUUGCAAGGAGUGUGAGUGUCAGCAAGGCGACCAGACCGAGGACGUUGGUCAGGACGCAGACGGAUCUGGGGAGACAUUUGCAGACGAGUCCUGAGAAGAGGUUUGGGGAUGGGAUGGCGCUUACACCCACUCUGGUGGAAAUUGGGAACCGGAAGAGCCAGAGGGUGCAGUUGGUGGACGCUUGAGCAAAUUUCUUUCUAUCUCUUCGAGUCCCACUUCGAGAGUCAAAACUUUCUUUCCUGAUUUUUUCGCGUGUCUUGCGCAUCUUCUUAGCAGGUAGAUCCUGCUCCGCUUUUAGGGAGGCAUUUGUUUCGUGUUGGUUAGCGGAGACCGACACAUUUGGAGUCGCAGGCCAGGGACAUUGUUCAUGCCAAACGUCAUUCAGCGAGGCGCUUCAAUUUGAUCCAUAGGUUGGAUACACGUUCUCCUUUGUCAGCCACUUGGCAAUUCUCACUUCGACGCGCUGCAGAGCAGUUGCCAACCACUAGGGAGGUUCACAUUGCUUUCGCCAUUUCUGUCAGCGCGGGGCUAUGGCGAAGGUGAAUUAAACUUGGGAUGACGUUUUGCACAACAGUGCACAUUUCUAUAGAUAGACGAUACAACACAG